UGCCCGAGGUGAAGCUCGCGCCCUUCCCCCAGCCUGCCCGGCAGUGCUGCUCACCCAGGGGUGCCCUGACAGUCGUGCGGGGGAGGGGGGGCAGGCACCGCCGGCUGUGCAGGCACGAGAAGCCCGGAGGUUUCCCGUAGGCAUCAACCGCGGCUGGGGGCUUUGCAGCACCAGACUUGCUCUGCUGGUCUUCUCCAGCCAAGGAAGUGGCGGGCGAGAGCCGGCGUCUCCCGAGGGCUGCCUCGAGUAAAACGAGAAAGACCAGGGAUCGCCGCUGUCCCGGGAGGCAGCGUGUCCCAGCGCCUGCAGGGCGAGCCCCGCCCGGCUGCGAGCUAAGCGCCAAGCGGCGGCGCCUGGGGCUUUCCUGCUGCGUUUCUGUCAUCAAGCCUUUUGCUUUUAGCCCCUUCCCGCCCUCCUCCACCCUCGGGCAGGGCUCGUGCUGCCAGGCGGAGCUCCGGCCUGUUCGCGCCCGGCCCUGCCCGCGCGGCGAGGAGCGGCGCCCGCGCCAUGAAGGGGCUGAGCGAUUUCCUGGCCGGCCUGAGCCUGGGCGAGGACGCGGCGGCGGCGGCGGCGGCGGCGGCCACCCACGACAGGCUAUUACCAGAUGAGAAGGAGUUUCAGUAUGCUGCUAAAACGAACAAUUUGGAAAUCAUGGAGAAGUUAGUUAAGAAGAAGGUUAAUAUUAAUGCUGUAAAUAUUAUGAAACGCACAGCACUCCACUUCGCUGUUGCAGGAAGUCAUUUUUCCACCGUGGAUUUUCUUCUCCAUCACAAAGCCAGAGUUGAUAUAGCAGAUAAGCAUGGGCUGACAGCAAUUCAUCUUGCAGCUUGGUCUGGAAACCUAGACAUAAUGAGAAUGUUGGUUAAAGCUGGUGCUGAUCAAAUGGCUAAGAAUCAGGAUGGGAUGAACGUCCUGCACUUUGCAGCUCAGAACAAUAAUGUUAAAAUAGUGGAUUACUUUAUCCAGGAUCUUCGCCUGAAUGAAUUAAACAAGCCUGAUAAGAAAGGUAGAAAACCCUUUCUUCUGGCAGCUGAAAAAGGCCAUAUUGACAUGAUAAACAGUUUGAUUUCCCUCAAGAUGUUCACCUCUGAAAAGGAUCAGGAAGGAAACACUGCACUGCAUUUAGCUGCUAAAAAUGGUCACAGCGAGGUGGUGGAAAUUUUGCUGAAUCAAUGGGAAGAAAUAAAUAAACUCAAUGAGAAUGGAGAAACACCAUUUUACUUGGCUGUUGAAGGAAGUCAUGAAAACUGUGUUGAGAUGUUACUGGAAGCAGGAAGUGACAUCAACAUUUCUGAUAAACACAACAAUAAUGCUUUGCAUAUUGCAACACAGAAUGGACAUAUAUCCUUAGUCACAUUUCUUAUUGGUAAAAAUAUAGAUCUCGUCACUAAACCUGAGCAGAAAAAUUCCCCUCUCCACAUAGCUGUCAUCAACAAUCAUCUUUCUGUUGUAAAUUCUCUUUUGGAUGCCAAUCAUGACAUAAACUGUUUGGAUCAGAGGCAACAGACCCCUCUACAUCUGGCAGCUGAUCUUGGCAAUGUUGAAUUAGUGGAAUUGUUGCUGAAGGCAGGCUGUGAUCUCAAGAUUGCAGAUAAGCAAGGAAAAACUGCACUGGCUGUGGCAUCCAGAAGCAACCAUGCCCUUAUUGUAGAUAUGGUCAUUAAAGCUGAAAGGUUUUACACCAGAAAACAGGAGCAUCUUGGAAGUACUGAUGAAUCAUCAGAUUUUCGUCUGUCCUUUAAGCAAGACCACAGCAUGCAGACCAAGCAAAUCCGUUCCUCCCUCUGGAAUCUGGCUUACAAUCAGUUAAAGCCACAGGAAUGGAAAAAGCUGGCCCUGUUCUGGCAGUUCACAGAUGAGCAAAUUAAAGCUAUUGAAGAACAGUGGACAGGAAAAAAGAGCUAUAAGGAACAUGGACACCGAAUGCUGCUUAUCUGGUUACAUGGAGUGUUGCUGGCUCAUCAGAAUCCAGUCAAACAUAUAUUUGAAGAUCUGGUGAAUGCAGGAUUUCCGCAUCUAGCUGAAAAGAUCAGAGCUGAAAGCAGCACUGAUAUGGAUUCCAGAAAAUGUGUAAUUUCCUGACUUCAACAGAAGAGAGCACAAACCAUGGAAUUGUUUGCUAUUUGUGAAUACUGUUUCUAGAAAGAUUAUAUUUGAAAAAUGUAACUUGCCUGCUUUAAGUCUACGAAGUUUUUUCUUCAAGCUCUCAAAACAUAUCUGCCAGAAAUACUUCUCAGGUUAAUUUCUUUGUUUAAUUCCACACACUGUCUGACACUUGUAAGUAUGUAGUUAAUUUACUGUUUUUGGAGAGUGGUUGGUUGUUAGAAAUUAACAGUUCUGAGAAAAAACACAUAUGCUACAAUUUCUUACCCAACUUACAUCACAGCAGUAAUUCCACAUUGGAACUAUGCAGUUAAGCUACUCUGUGCUUGAUAAGAAAUAAAUGGCAUAUUUUGUAGCUUAAGGAUAUGAUGUUUAAUAAGUCAGGAUUGUGUGGAUAAAUAUUAAGCACAUCCAUAAAUAGUUUUCAGUCUGAAGCUGAUUUUUUCUUGUUUAAACUUAGGGUAUGGUUUUUGGUGGAUGUUUAUUUGGUGUGUGUGUCCAGCAUUGAAAAUGCUAAUUUUCUUAGCAUGGACAAAGCCACAGUAAACACUAGCCUAGUUUGGCCAACAGACAUUUCAGAAAAGCUACCCUGAUUGCCUAGAUAAACUACUAAUUACAUUUAACCAAGGCUAAUCCUAGCACAGCAGAAUACAAGAGGCACCUUGACUUCACUGUAGGUGGGUACAAAUUCAUUAUUAAAUUUAUUCCCAUCAUGAGGCACCCUAUAAUAGUAGCCUUAAAACUAUAACUUUUGUGUUUUUUACACAGAAAAGAGCUGUUAAAGGAACAGUAGUUUUUCUGUCUUGUAAAAAGAAAACAAUCAAACUUGGCUAAAUAUUCAUUCCCAAAUUGUCAGAACCCGGUAGUUGAGUGCCUAUGUCACAGUGGAAGAGUUCAUUGAUUUGAUGCCUAUAACGCAGUGGAAUUUCUUGCCACAGCGGAAUUUUCCGCUAUGGUAGAAAACCCAAGUGCAGUAACAAGUUCCCGCCAACUUUAUGCAAAUACGCGCACCACCAUUGGCCGGUUAUAAUUAUUCACACUUGGUGACUAGUAAUUGGCUUGCUAGCCAUAUAAAAGUUAAAGCAGUUUCCGCCCAAGUCGGAGAACUCCGCGCACAUCUCGGAGUGAACUUGGUGGACUGAUCACCCACCAAUGACUCCCCGUCACCGACCGUCCCGACGUACCCCCGUGCCCUGCAGGCCCGAUAAGCCAUUCAUGUCAUGUCGUCUUACUCGAAGAGCUCACAUUUGCAACUGUAAUCUAAGUCAGUUCUUCUUCCUGCGCUGUGUACACCGACGGCGUAAGUAAAUAAUCUCUUUGUUCAACCAA